AAACGUACGUAUAUGUACGUUUGUGUAGCGUAAACCUGACAAAUGUAAUCAGAAAAGCCACAAAUCUCAUUAAUAUGGACGCAUGACGUAAAACAGGCGCCAGUAUUUGUGCGAGUUCUGAUUGGUUUACGGACGUUUCCGGUUUCUGCGCUCUGCAUUUGAAAAAGUGUUCGGUUAGUUGCUCAAGUUUUUAAGGGACGCGGUCGCCAUUGUUAAAACCAAGCGUCCGAAAUGUUGCUGGAAGGAAAAUUUAGGGCAUAACAAAGGUGUGGCUUGUCUCAGACAUUCUCAAAUAAUAUCGCGCAAUAAUGGCGACGCGUGUGGCGGUAUCAGAUGGAGGAAACAAGAAGACAUCCAGGGUCCGCGUAGCUGUUCGUCUGCGACCAUAUAUGAACAAAGAAGAUGAGAAAAGCGAGGGACCGUGUGUAAGAGGCCUGGACUCUCAAAACCUGGAGAUAAUCAACUGGAGGAACGCCACAGAAACUGUUAAAUACCACUUCGACGUUUUUCAUGGUGAACAAACGACACAGCAAGAAGUUUUCCUCUCAUCAGUGAAGCCCAUUCUGCCGCACAUCUUGAACGGACAGAAUGCCAGUGUGUUUGCUUAUGGGCCAACAGGAGCUGGUAAGACCCACACCAUGCUGGGGAGUUCAGAGCAGCCAGGUGUGAUUCCUCGAGCUGUUCGUGAGGUCUUCAAGCUGGUGAAAGCCAAGGAUGCGAGUGAUGGAUGGGACUACAGCAUUGGCAUGUCGUAUUUGGAAAUUUACAAUGAGAAGGUGCUUGAUCUUCUGUCGCCAAACUCCCAGGAUUUGCCCAUCAGAGAGGACAAAGACAAGAACAUCCUUAUCCCUGGCCUGACACACAUGAACAUCACCAACUUCGCAGAUUUUGACAAACACUUUGUCCCUGCGACACUCAACCGUACUACAGCUUCUACUAAGCUAAACCAGCGUUCCAGCCGCAGCCACGCUAUCCUUCUCAUUAAGGUUGUACGGACUCAGCAGCAACUUCCCCACAGACAACAGACAGGCAAACUGUACUUGGUCGAUUUGGCUGGCUCAGAGGACAACCGCCGCACCGGGAACCAGGGCAUCCGUCUGAAGGAGAGCGGUGCCAUCAACCUGUCUCUCUUCACACUCAGCAAAGUUGUGGACUCUCUAAAUUCGGGCACUUCGGUGCGCGUGCCGUACAGGGACAGUAAACUAACACGGCUUCUGCAGGACUCUCUGGGGGGCUCGGCACACUCCGUCAUGAUCACCAAUAUUGCACCAGAGUACAAAUAUUAUUUUGACACCUUCAGUGCACUCAACUUUGCGGCCAAAUCCAAGCUCAUUGUAAACAAGCCCUUCACCCGCGAAACUGUGGCUGUGCCUGUGCUGCCAGUGAAGCGGUCCAGAGAGGAACGAGAGACAGGGGGGUCUGGCACUGAGCCACAGAAGAAGAAGCAUAAAGAUGAGAAGAAAUCCGAACACGAUGGUUCCUCGCCCUCUACACGUAACCACAGUUCAUCAGACCAGUCACUGAUGGAUAGACUAAUAGCUUUGGAGAAGAGAACGAUGAGCUCCCAGGACAAAGAGAGACUGGCCAUGCUUAAAGAGAUCAAGGAGCUCAAAGAGAAGCAGAGGGAGCUUGAGAGCAAGGCCAUGCUAUUCAGUCAGUUGGCUAGAGAAAAGUCGAUUACAGGACAAGAGCCCGACUUCGAGAACAAGACAACUGCCCUGCGGAGAAAACAGUCAGAUGCCACAAAACCCAAUAAACAGCAGGCUGUGGUCCAACCGCUGCGAGUGUCCCAGCCCCAGCUUCUUGUGGUCAAAAAGCAGUCGGUGUGCGUCAAGAAGAAAGAGGAGACGUGUUCAGACCUGAUUGAGUCACCAGGUGGUAAAGAGAACAACACAAAGAGUGCUUGGGAGUCCCAGCUUGACCAGUCGAUGGUGGAUCAGUCCAAGCAGAAAAUCCUGCAAAUUCUGAACACAGGCUGCCUCAAAGAGCUGAAAAGUCUGCAGCAGAUCGGUGACAAGAAGGCGAAGCUCAUUCUGGGCUGGAGGGAGAUCCACGGUCACUUCACAAAGGUGGAAGACCUGAUACAAGUUGAGGGGAUGACGGAAAAGAGAUUUUCCUCCUUCAUGAAGGCGAACAUCGUGAGUGCCAUGGGGAAAUGAUUUUUUUUUUCUUCUUUUUUUAAUAUAAGUCAUGUACAUACUUUAUUUUUUUUAUCUGAAGCCACCCUUUUUUUUUUUUUCUUUUUUUUUUUUAAUGCUUGGUGUCACUGUGUUUAUGUAGUGUCUGCUGUGCCCAGCUGGUGGCGUGUCCUUUUUAAUAAACCUCCCA